AAAAAGACAACAACGACUAUUUCCGACUAACCAGAUAAUGUCAAAGCUGUGCUCGCUUUAUGUCGUUGAGUAAUAACGUGCUUCACUCGCUUUCGCGGUUAUGGUUAGGUACGAUUAAAUGGGGGUACAGAGAAUUAUAGUUAAUUUUACGUAAUUAUCCGGAAUAUUGUGAUAACUAGCCAGCUAUCUGCGCCUCCUGUCUAACGCCUAGCUUGCGAGCUGGAUACAACCACUGGAUAGCUGAUUUGUUAUUGACAGGAAUGCAGACUGAAAAUGUUAACUUAUCGUUCCCGAGUCAGAUAGCAAAAUAUGAGUAGCCUAAAUACGUUAGCUAGCCAGUUACGUUAACCUAUCCGUCUUUGUAUUGGGCGGUGGCUGGAUUUCACAAUUCUGUGUUUCGGAAACGGUUAGCUAACGCUCGCCUUGACCGUCAUCUGGCAAAAUGCCUGGUAUGGUCGUGUUUGGUCGGCGAUGGGGAAUCGCCAGCGAUGACCUUGUAUUGCCAGGCGCCUUCGAAAUCUUCAUUCGACUUCUAUGGUGGAUUGGAACUUUAGUUCUGUAUGCCACCCACAAAGGAAGGUUUGACUGCCAUAGUGGAGCUGUUCUGCAUGGCUACCUUGUUGUCCUUCUCAUCCUGCUUGCGGUCAUUAUUUUAUCUUUAUGUGCAAUUGUUUACAUCAGUGCUCAAGGAACCAUAAUGAAUCCUGGUCCUCGUCGCUCUAUGCCAGCUUUGGUGUAUCUUCGUGCACUGCUUUAUAUCCCUGAGUUUGUUUGGGCAUGUCUUGGAGCCAUCUGGGUCUCAGAUGACAGCAGGGGAUGUGCACCAGCUGAAGUUGGUGUUGUAAUUGGUGCUGUGGUUGCUAGCUGGAUCAUCCUGCUGUUCACAGUGGUGGGCGUGCUGAUUGUGUUCGAUCCACUGGGCAGCCUCCAAUGGCGCACGCGGGCGGAUGAGCCCUUGGGCCUGAGGGACCUGGAGAGCAGUCAGUCGUCGCAGCUGUUCGACAGGGCGCGCUCACUGGCGGCGCGCGUGUGGGAGUGCCGGCUGCGCCUGCUCUGCUGCUGCCUGCCGCAAGAUGACAGCCACAGGGCGGCCUUUUCCAGCAUCGCCCAGCUCUUCAGCGGCUUUUUCUCUGACACAGAUCUGGUACCCAGUGACAUCGCUGCAGGCCUGACUCUUCUGCAUCAGGAGCAGGAUAAAAUGGAGCAGUGCAGAGACCCUGAUAAUGUCUUGCCUCACAGUCCAUCAUCCCCCAUAAGAGAAGAUCUGGAGUUGGAGCUUGAGAAAGCUGCACAUUGCAUGCAGUUUGCUGUAGCUGCCUAUGGCUGGCCCAUAUAUAUCUACUCAAACCCUCUCACUGGAUUGUGCAAACUUAGUGGUGACUGCUGUAGGAACCGUAACGUGGAGUAUGACCUGGUUGGAGGUGAUAACCUUGGCUGCCAUUUUAGCUCCAUCCUGCACAUGACGGGACUACAGUACAGAGACUUUAUUCACAUUAGCAUUCACAAUCAGAUAUAUGAGAUCCCAUUCUUUGUUGCACUGGACCAUAAAAGGGAGGCAGUUCUGGUUGCCGUGAGGGGAACACUGUCACUGAAGGACGUGUUGACAGACCUUUCUGCAGAGUGUGAGAACCUGCCUGUUCAAGGUGUGUCCGGAGCCUGCUAUGCACACAAGGGCAUCUCUCAUGCAGCUAACUAUAUCUACAAAAGACUGGUCAAUGACGGCAUCUUGAGCCAAGCUUUCAGCAUUGCCCCGGAGUACAGGCUGGUCAUCACAGGUCACAGUCUUGGUGCAGGCACUGCCUCCCUGUUGGCAGUCCUCCUGCGUAGUGUGUAUCCCACAUUGCAGUGUUAUGCUUUCUCACCACCAGGUGGCCUAAUGAGUAAAGCGCUUGCUGACUACUCCAAACAGUUUGUGAUCUCUGUGGUUCUUGGAAAAGAUCUUGUCCCCAGACUGAGCAUUCCAAACAUGGAAGAUUUAAAGAGGAGGAUACUGAAGAUGGUAUCUAACUGUUGUAAACCCAAGUACAAGAUUCUCUUGCAUGGCUGCUGGUAUGAGGUGUUUGGGGGAACCCCAGAUGACUUCCCCACAGAAAUGGAGAGUCGGAGGGAGGAAGCACUGAGCCAGCCUUUGCUCGGUGAGGAGAGCCUGUUGGUACAUGGCUCCACCUCCUAUCAGAGCCUAUCAUCCGAUGACUCACCUGGCCAUGCCAAACACCUGCCCCUCUACCUGCCAGGACGCAUCAUGUACAUCACAGAGGAUGGGCCCUCGCGCAGGCCGUGCUUCUCACAAGUGCGCUACCGUGCCGAGUGGUCCAGCGAGGUGGCGUUUGGCAGCGUGCUGAUCAGUCCACGCAUGCUUACUGACCACAUGCCUGAUGUGGUGCUCCAUGCCCUGCGCAGCCUCACCAGCAACCGCGCCUUCUCCCUCUGCCCCUCCACCCUCAGCAACAGUCACCUGAACGUCAUCUGAGCUCCUGCCACCUGGAGCAUGGCUCCUGGACUGCCCGUGGCGGCAAACACACAGGAAACGCCAUUUAGGACUCCUCUGCUGGCACCAACCUUCAAGAGCUGUUCAACUCUUCCUGGUUUUAUUUAUAGAUGUAUAUUUUUUAAUUUGCUGUUAUGGUGCCGGCUUCUUCGAAUCAUAUCACACCACCUAUUGCACUGUCAAAGUCUAGUGUGCAUUAUUUAACAGCAGUGCGCUGGGAAGUUUACAUUGUUAGCAGUCUUUGCUAAUUCAUAUAUGGACUAAAGAAAGAAGGUAACAAGGGAAAGAAACAUCAGUAGCUUUGUAUUAGUGGUGUCCUGCUUUAUUCUUUGUGUUUUGAAAAUCAGGGUGAAUAAGGCCAAUGCCUAGCCAUUGGAUGAGUGAAGCCUGGUUUGAGUUCAGAGCAACUCCUUUGCCUGUGAAACAGUAGUUUUGAUGCAUGGUACAAAGCAGUCAGCUUGCAUGAGAAGAUUUGAGUAAGUCAGCUCAUUUAGUAUAUCGACUUUUCCCAUAACGUUUUUUUUUUUGUCUUCUCAUAAGUAAUAAAUGUUAAUGAAAAUGGU